UCACACAUGAUGCCGCACACACGUGCAGGGGCCUGCACGCCCGUCCACGUUUCCGUGCGAGCAGCCGCCCACGCGUCGUCUGCUCUAAGGAUCAGCCCGGGGACGGGGGUCCCGGAGAAGCGGGUGCGCGUGUGCUGCAUGUCACGUGUGAAGCAGGCUCUGGAGGAACGCGCCGACCCCGCCCCGUGGGCUUCCUGAACCUGAGUCAACAGGCGUCGCGGGAUUGCGCGCGGGGGCGACCCAGCCAAAAGGCUCAGAAGCGGCGGCGGCGGCACCCUUGUUGUGCUCCUCCCUCCCGGGGCGGGGACUCGGGUCGUUGCGGGGGAGGGUUCCAGCCUCGGCUGCCCUGACGCGCCCCGGCGGCUGGGCGGAGAGCAGGGCCACCGCCGGCUUCCCCCCAGUCUGCACGCCGCUGCGCCAGGGCGCGGCAGCCCGGCUGUCCACACGCCCGUCGGGAGGCGGAGUAGCAGUGCCACCGGCACCUGGGAGCCCGCCGACGGGGAGCCGCCCUCGCCGCCCGUCAUGUCGGGCUGGGACUACCUGGCCGCCGAGUGCCUGGUGUCCAUCUCCAGCGGGGCCCUCAUCCACCCGGCCGCCGCCAGCCUGGCCAUCCCCAAGGACCGCUGCGCCGCCCCGUCCGCCGCGCCGCCCGGAGCCCGCCAGCCCCCGCGCCCCGGAUCUGCGCUCUCCGACGGCGGCGCCUCGUCGUCCUCCUCGUCGGCCGGAGGGGGCGAGCUGGCGGGCGGCUUCCCAGCCCUGCCGGAGGAGGAGGGCGGAGCCGCCGCCAGCGCCUCUGCCAAGAAGCACCGCUGCCCUUUCCAAGGGUGCCUGAAGGGCUACGGCAAGUCCUCGCACCUGAAGGCGCACCUCCGCACGCACACGGGCGAGCGGCCGUUUCCCUGCACCUGGCCCGGCUGCCAGAAGAGGUUUGCGCGCUCGGAUGAGCUGGCCCGCCACGUCCGCACGCACACCGGCGAGAAGCGCUUUGCCUGCCCCCUCUGUGAGAAGCGGUUCAUGCGCAGUGACCACCUGACCAAGCACGCCCGGCGCCACCCCACCUUCCGGCCAGGCAUGGUCCUAAAGCCCGACUACCACAGCGCCUCCCCCAGUGACUCGGCCGCCAGCAGCUUAGCUGGAAGCCCCGCCCCUGACAGCCCCACCCCCGAUAGCCCAGCCACCUAGGAACCCCCAGCUAAAUGUUCCUAAGAGAGGUGGGGUGGCUGGUCCCCAUGGGGUCCGUUGUCCUCUUCCUCAGGACGAUGCAAGACCUAUCUGUCAAGGACCGUUUCGUUGCUGAAAGGACCUCACUUACUUGUAGUCUGGUGUGUUGCCCCCCAACUUGUCGCUGGUUUUAAUUUUGCGUGUUCAAGGAUCGGGUCCUCCUCCUCCUCCUUCGUGGUGGCGGGGGGCAGGACAUGACUGAAAUCCUGGCCUCUCCCCUGUCGUGCCUCAAAGGCAACCCCAUUCUCACCUGGCUUGACUAGCCCCAUGCUUGAUAGCUGCAACUAGGCCACGAACCUUCGCAUGCCGUUGCCUCCGCUUCCACUCCGCACCCUGCCGAUUGUCUUCCUUGGUGCUGUGGUGGCCAAAGUGGCGGGACUUGCCUCGGUUUCCCAAUGCAAGAGACUUUCUCCCGGGGUCUGCAGCUGGUCCCUUGAGGAGAUAGCCUGUUGGGUGAAAACAUCCCGCCAGCGACUGUCACGUUCCACUUGCCAUCAUUCCAACUUUGGGCGUUCUUCCCAUACACAGGGACAGAAGAAUGUUGUCCAAGGCCUGUACAAUCCAGUCCUCUGCUAAUAAACGUGGCAUCUGGGAAAUGGAGGUAUUCUGCCACUGAAUGAGGAGGAUCUAUCCCUUGCUGUCAUCGCCAAUGCAACAGAUAGGCCCUAGGCCCUCCCUUCCAUGAAUUCAUGUUCCUUUUUAAAAAAUGGCCACUUAACACUGGUGAUCUUUGCCACAUCCUGUGGCCAUGAGUUCCGCAGGCUGGCUAGCACUGCAUGAAGAGAUAACCGGGAACAUGAGAUGAUUUCUACUCCUCCCUUGUAUGCUACGUCUUCUUUCCAAGGGAAGAUCUAAAGUGACUACUUCUUUCCCCCCGCAACAACCUCCGGGACUAGAGUUAGAGAUUCCUUCCCUUGAGAUUCUCUAGCACUUGGUUUUCUGCCAUUAAUACUACAUUGCUAAAGAUGGACCAUGGUACCCUAUGUAAAUAAUUCUGAGCCCCACUCACAUGUCAGUCCAUAAAGGAAAGGUGCAGUACUGGUUCAUGGGUGUGGGUGUCUUGUUUUUGUCAAAUGUAUUUAUUUUUCUUUAAAGAAUUUUAGAAUUCGGGUAUAGCCAGGAGAACAGUGGAGAGAGACUCUGGGUUUCAUUCUCAUUCUCUCCUCCUUGUGAAUGUGGGACGCCCGUGUGCUUGCUGAGCGCCUUAUGGAGAGAAACUAUAGCUUAGCGGUAGAGCACGUAGUUUGUAUUCAGGUGGUCUUGGGUUUAAUUCCCAGCAUCUUCAGGUAGUCCUGCGAAAGACCCAUCUGAAACUCUGGAGAGCUGCUGCCAGUCAGAGUAGACAGUACUCAGGUACAUGGACCAAGGGUCUGACUUGAUGUAAGGCAGCUUCAUAUGUUUAGGGGAAAGUCACAGGGUCAGUCCCUGGAAGCAUCUCUGGGUAGGACUGGGAAAAUCCCCGCUGCAAACUCGAGAGAGCUGCUGCCAGUCAGAGCUGGCAGUACUCGACUAAAUGGACCAAGGGACGGACUCGGUAAGAAGCAGCUUAUAGUGGGGGUUGCAGUUUGGGUGAUUUGUAUGCCAAAGGUCCCAGGUUAAUUUCCGUUGAAAUGAAUCUCUGUUCCCAAGUUUGGGAAGGGCUUUUGGAGAGCCACUGCCAAUCAGAACAGGUGAGUACUUUACAAAUUCAAUCCCUGGUAUCUGCAGCUAAAAUAUCUCAGGGAGGAGGGCUGGGGAUAAAAUUCCUGGCAAGCUGCUGCCAGAGUAGGCAGUAUUGGACUAUUUGGACCAAGGGUCUGAUUCAGUAGAAGGCAACUUCAUAGGCUCAUCAGUAGCAUCCAGAGGCCAAUGGGAGAGUUCCUUGUUUGCAUGCAGAAGGGUUCAGAAUCCAUCUGCAGUUAAAAGGUUCUCUUGUAGCAGACUGCGAAAGAUCUCUGGAAAACUGCUGCUAGUCAGAGUAGAUAAUACUGGGCUAGGUGGACCAGAGGUCUUACUCGGCAAAAGGUUGAGAAGGUCUUGUAGCUAAGGUAGAAUACAUAUUUAACUCAUUUAGAAAAUUCAUUUCUGAGCAUGUCAUCUCUUGGGUACCUGAGCUUCUGUUGCCUGAAAUUGGACAGAGAGUACCUCCAGAGCAGACAAUAUUGGGCUAGAUAGACUCAUGGAAUAAUAGAGUUUCAGAGUCAGAAGGGAGUCAGGUACUGGUCUAGCCUCCUCCUCAGUGCAGGAUUCUGCACAAGGUAGUUUUGUAGAACGUAUAAGCAGAAUGGAAUGUCUUAAAAGUAUGAUUUUGCACACCUGAAAGCACUUUUUUUUUUUAAACCUCAUGGGGGUUUUCACUCUGUUGUGCACAGAUGGAUAUCAGAGUUGAUACACACGAGCUGGUGCCUUGGGAUGGCUCUCAGGGAACAACAGAUGUGCUUUAGGGAACCCAUUUGUUGGGAUAGGAUAUGUCCCAUUCACCUGCACUGGUUUUGACCAUAACUGGGAUUGCUUGUGUUGCAUGUUUUCGGCAAUGGGGUGUCCAUGGAAAGUCAGGACUGGGUGGGGGGAGCGGGUUCUGCGUUGUGGCCACGGCCAUUUGCAUACCUGAAGUGUCCUUGGCUAAAUUAAUAGGAAAUGGAAGGGAUCCUAGCUGGUGCAGUUUUAAGAGUGCCGUGCUUGCACCUCUGGAAUGCAUUCUCACUAUCUCUUGGGAUACUCUAUUGGGGUGUCCUGGGAAGGAUUUGAACCCAAGAUAUAGGAAAAUGCCUUCUACCGAGUCAGACCAUUGGUCCAUCUAGCUCAGUUUUGUCUACACAGACUGGUAGUGGCUUCUCUAAGGUUGCAGGCAGGAGUCUCUCAGCCCAGUCUGAAGAUACCAGGGAGGGAACCUGGAACUUUCUGCUGUUCCCAGAGCAGCUCCAUCCCCUAAGGGGGAUAUCUUGCAGGGCUCAUGUAUGUAGUUUCCCAUUCAAAUGCAAACCAGGGCAGAACCUGCUUAGCAAAGGAGACAAUUCAUGCUCGCUACCACAAGACCAGCUCUCCUCCCUGUGUGUGUCGGAAUCGGGGCUGUGAUUCCAGGAGGUGCAAGGCACUUCCUGAAAACUGAAGCAGCCCUCAACUUCCUCAAAGUGAAAUCUGAAAGAGAAUUUCAGGGUUUCUCCCAAAGGGAAACAUGGGAACCCUUCCUCAGAGGAAGAGUGCUCACCCCUCAAGUGCUCAGGGAGGAUUGUGGCAGACACUGUUUGUGAAAUUUAAGAAAACAAAAAUUUAAAAAUCCCAUCUCCCCCAUAUUCGAAAUAGCUAAAGAGGAAUUUUUUUUGAAGAGUGUGUUUGUGUGGUUUUUUUCUAAAAUAGAUGGAUGUGCUUGGUUGCUGGGAAAUGGUGGGUUUGCAAGGGGUAUUUUUUUAAAUAGAAAAAGAGGAAUCUAAUUGCAUUGCAAGCUUGAGAAAGCAAUUUUGAUGGAAAUUCUAUAUAUUUGUAUUGCUGUUCUUGUGGGAGAGAAUCUAGCCCCACCUUCCUUGAUGUGCCUGCCAUAGUCCAAGUCUGUCCUAAGCCAAGGUGCCUGUAGAGCUAAUUUGUGUGUACAAGAAAAUGCCCCUUUUUCUUUUUUAUGAACCAGGAAUGGCUGCUUGCACAUUUCUCUGUGUGGUUUUUCCUUCCCGCAGGAUUGAACCAAUGGGGAAAGCCCCUGAGCUUAAUAUCUUUUUUAAAGUGGCAAUUAUAUUUGAAACAGCCGUUUAUCUUUAUUUUAAAAGGGUUAUGACCGCGGAGUGGCUCCUGCGCUUGCUAGAUUGUCAAAGCUAUCCCCCUAUGGCAUGUGUAUAAAUGAUGCAUUUUAUUUUAUAGGAUUAAUAUAUAUUAAUUUAUAUGAUAAUGGAACUCCAGGCCUAAAUUCGGCGGCUGUCUGUAUCUUGUGUGGGUGACGGCUGUGCGAGGUUCCACAAGUGGAUAUUUUAUCCCCCGCCCCAGCUCUGUAUUUUGAAAAAGCACUGAAGCCUGUUUACGUGUGGGGAUGUUUUCAGUUGUGCUGUUUUUUAAUUAAAGACAAAGAUUGUGUAAA